GUCUCCUGGCGCUUGUGGCAGGGGAAUCGCUUGGCAGGAAGCAGGCAGGCAGGCGGGCACACUGGAGCCAAACAGUGAGCAAGGCUUUGGCAGGGGCUGGCUUCAUCCUUCAAGGGAUGCUGAGGAUCCCGAGAGCAGCUUGUCCAGGCCGUUCCAUCCUGGGCAGCCAACGAAGGAGGCGGAAGGACAGCAGCUCCUGCGCCGUGAUUCAGAAGAAAUCUUGGUGAGGACCGGAUGCCCGUCUGCAGAGAACGGCAAGCUGCGGCAGAGAGAGAAGUCACUAGGAAAGCAGAGCACAGCUGGGAAUAGUUGCCCGGUCUAAAAAAGGGAACACUGCAGCCUUCACCAGAAGGACUCUCCCCAGCCCACAAUAUCCAAGUGGCUUUUCAGGUCUCUCCAGGAGGCACCCCCAUGCUUGCCCCAGAACAGGAGCAGGGAAUCGCUGGCUUGUUCUGCAUUGCUCCAGAAAGGGCCCUACAUUGCAGAUGAACCAGCUCUGCAUCUGCUCCUGAGACAUGAUUUUGUAGCAAGUCUGAUCCACACUUGAUCCUUGCAACUUUUUUUCCUGCAAAGACUCUGGUGAAUGUUGCCUGGUAAAGACCACAUUGGUGCAUCUGGGGUCGUCGUAACCUCCCAUAGCUCCGUGCCGAUCCUUCAGGCCACAGCCCAGGCAUCCGGCAUCUGCUGCGAGCUACAGCCUGUCUCCAGCUGCCGUCCUGACGUCUGCCUCGAGGAGACUCCCAGCCACCUACAGCUGCUGCUCCUGAGAGUAUGAACCAGUUUUAACCGGUGAGGGGCUUGGCCGAGGAGUGGGACGGGCUGGGUGAGCAGAUGAGCUCAUGCACUUUGCAGCCAGAAGAGAAACUCUCGCAGAUAAGAAGCUUCUGCAUGCAUGAGGACCAACAGGCAGGUUGGGCUGCAAGGGACCGAGUGAUGUGGCCCUGAUCAAGCAAGUUCGACCGCUGAGGAAAAGUGUCUACUCUAUGGAGCAACCAGAAGUGGCUUUUCUCCCAUGACCCCUGGAUCCUUGCAAGGACCCUAUAAUGUCACCACCAAACUAUUCAGAUGUCUGGGAGCUGUGGUGCCCCUUCGUGGCUGCUGCACAGUGUUGCUAAGCUGGGUGACACCAAAUCAUGAACGGUAACUUCUGCAGGGCCUUGGCUGACAGGAGGCCAAUGGCUCCCUCCGCCUGCAUGCAGCUGGCACUUUCUCCUCCUCCUGGCCACUCCUGCCAUCCUGUGCCGGACACUGUGGCUGCCUUUCCCUUCUGGCUCCAUCCCACUGACCUUGACCCGAACUGCUACAAUACCUGUGGCAGCGUGAUCUCUUAUGUCCCUUUCCACCGUCAUUUUGGGGUCUGCGACUACCCCUUCGAACCUGCCUUCAUCCAGAAGAGGAACGAGCGGGAAAGGCGAAGGGUGAAGUGCGUUAAUGAAGGCUAUGCCCGGCUCCGCGGCCACCUCCCGGGCACUAUGUCAGAGAAGCGCCUGAGCAAAGUGGAGACCUUGCGAGCUGCCAUCCGGUACAUAAAGUAUCUCCAAGACGUUCUCAGCAGAAGCCCCGAGGGGACGGCUCCAGAAGCCGACAGCAGCCUGGCAGAGCGUGCAGCUCCCAGCUGCUCCUUAGCACCGGACUGCAGUGAUGAGGAAUCCAAGGUGACCUCCUCCUCUUCAUGCUCAGCCCUGCCAUCCUCCUCCCCUGAGCCCAGAGGAGCUAAUCGGAAGGACUGUGCCAGCACAAGCUGGUCCCAGUGCUUGGAAGAGCAGAGACUGUCCACCAAGGCUUCCUGAGAAACUUUAAGCCUCAGUUGUAAGAAACCCUUUUCAGAUGUCAGUUGUCCUCGCUGGCACCUGCCUCCCGCAUCCUACUUCAAGCUCCCCACUGCUGCGUGAUAGUGCGGUACCCUCUGGGACGGGACCCUCCGCCUGCAGGCAGUGACCGCGAGGCAUCGUCCUUGGCCUGCAAGCCUGUGUUAGAGGGAGCAACCCUUGGCAAGUCACAGCCAGGCUCCUUGCACUGUAUUUUCUUGCAUACAACACCCCCAAAUAAGAUGUGCACCAUGAUGCUGCAGCACUGUUAGCUAUUAAACUGCACUAGCUGCGCGUCACGAUAACCCUGCCCUAUUUCCCCUUCUGCUAUGUCUGUGUCACCUGCAUGGGCAUCAAAAUAAAGAAGUCGCGCAGA